AUGACUCUUCUGGUUUUUCCAAUUGUCAAGAUCUCUUUUCUUCUCGGUUUUGCUUUACCUGGUUAUGACUCUUCUAAUGGUUUGGAACUGGUUGGAAUGACAAUUAUGAAGACUCUGGACGGAGCACCAAAUGCAAGUCAACUUGUGUUACAGGCAUUGGACUUGGUCGAGGAUGACUGGUGUCUAGGAUCAUUUAUGAAUCUAGAGGCUGGAUCUAGUGCUCAAGUCGUGUUGUUUCAUGCUGGAGUCCUUGGAAGUCCUGCCAAUUGCGGUAUGGUUUGGAAAGAAUUAGGGGAUAAUAUCAUAACUGGUCAGUGGAGCGUAUCUAUUAAAACCGGAACAAGCUACCUUCCUUGAUGGUCUUAAAAUGUCAGAUGUACUGCUAGUGGCAACCCUUCUUCC